AUGCCUCUAUCAAUGAUGCAGCCAUUAAGCAGGCCGCCUUCACGUGAUCUCACACCGCCAUCCCCAUCACGCCGGCUAUCUCGGGAAGAGACAUAUCACCUGGCCGAGACAGCACGAAGAAAGUCCUCUAACAAAGUCGUCCAUGAUGAUCUAAGACUCAAACUCAGCCACGGCCAUUUACUCGAGCUCCUGCUUCAAGACAUCGCAAGAACGGAGCGAGAAUGCCAAACAUCACCCACCGAAGACAAAUACCUGACGGAACAGGAACGGAAACGACUGGAGGAACCGAGGAGGAUUUCGGAGCCUAAGUUGGACGAGUACGGCUUUCCUCUGGAUCAGGAUGACGGAGAGGAAGACUUGGGUGGAUUGUCGUUAAUGCGAACUCCCUCGCGAAGACCCGCGAGAUGA